UUUUUUUUUUUUGACAAACGAUCAAAUUAUUUUUUUCUUCUCUUCUUCUUUUUCUUUUCCUCCCCCCUUUUUUUUUUUGCUCUAAGGGCACUAACAUUAACAACAUGGUUCAUCUAUCAAAUCUAUUUCACUUUUCAUCACACCGGAAGAGUUUUUCAACAAACAGCAGUCGUCGAAAUUCAAGAGAUUCUUCCUCUUGGACUUCUUCUGAUACAACAUUUGAAGAUGGAAAAAAUUGGCUUUGUAAACAAUUACAUUUGCACGGACAACAACAACAACAACAACACAAAUCAGAGCCAGCCACACCUCGAAAUAGUAAUGAGCGUGCACGAUUAUCUCCGUCGUCCUCCACCCGUCAUACACUCUCCACGAUCCCCACCAAUGAAUCUAUGAACUCAUCUCCAACAAGAGCAAAGUUACACCGUUUAAAUACAGCUAAUCUUCGUGAAUACGGUGAAUGCUAUAAACGUCUAGGAAAGGGAUCUACUGCCAUCAUCUCUAUCUGUCGUAGUAAAAAGUUAAAUACGGUGGAUAAAUUGGGAGAAUCGAAAUUAUACGCGAUCAAGCAAUUCCGUAAAAGAAACAAGACAGAAACAGAAAAGGAAUACAUGAAGAAAUUGACAAGUGAAUUUUGUAUUUCAUCCACUUUUCAUCAUAUCAAUGUCGUUGAGACCAUUGAUCUAGUAUUGGAUGAUCAAAAUCGUUAUUGUACAGUGAUGGAGUACUGUCCUGGUGGUGACCUGUUCUCUGUGAUUAUGACAGAACAUAUGACGGAUAUUGAACAAUCAUGCUGCUUUAAACAAUUAAUGUCAGGGAUUGCCUAUCUUCAUUCAGUGGGUGUAGCUCAUCGUGACAUCAAACCCGAAAACCUCUUAUUGACUUUGGAUGGUAAACUAAAGAUUACGGAUUUUGGUGUAUCUGAUGUAUUCCGUUGUGCUUGGGAAAGAACUGGACACAAAAGUCAUGGUUUGGUAGGAUCAGAACCUUACAUUGCACCUGAAGCUUUUGAAAGGGAUCAUGAAUACUGGGGUUCAAAUGCUGAUAUAUGGUCUGCUGGUAUCGUCCUGUAUUCAAUGUAUCGUGGCGGACAUGCAUGGAUUCGUGCUGAUAAAUCGAUGGACAGAGAAUUUCGUAAUUACCUUCGUCAUUAUCCAUCUCGGACAUUCCCCAACUUUAAAAAAUUACCUGCUACAGUUUCUGAUUUACUUUACAAGAUGUUGGAUCCAAAUCCCGAAACUCGAAUUACCGCUGAAGAGGUUUUACAUCAUGAUUGGGUUAAAUCCAUCUUGCUUUGUGAAAAAAAUGUAGAUGCACUGAAUCGAGAACAUCAUCAUACCACCAUGUCUUGCAACUCAAAAAAAGUGUAAACAGUUCUUUUAUAUAUACUCAUACACACACACACACACACACAUAUAUAUAUAUAUAUUUAUUUAUUUCAUUUUCCAUUGCGCAAAUAAUACCCAUUUACAAC